UGGCAGCGAAAAGAACCAAUCCAGUGUCUGUCCGUGUUUUGUAACAGCCAAUCAGCGUCCUGAAUUCACUGUAUGCGGAAGUUGCUACGUUUCACACUGCUCAGUUCAAUUUGAAGCUUUCCGCGUUGAAAAAUGCCCUAAUAACUACCACUAAAACCUCCAGAGCAGGUUUUAUUAAUGCAGUUUUCUGGUAUAAAUACAUGUAACAUUGCUAGCUGUUACAAAAUUACGGCUUAAUGACAGUAUUAUUCACGUGUUAGCCUCAUGGCUGACUCCUUGACCGUAAGUAGCCUGUACUUCAUACCAGAUUCAAGCAGCUAAGGUGAAGCUAGGCGACCACUGAAAGCGGCGCUGGUAGUGGGGACAUGCGGCAGCGGCGUUAGGGAUGGACCCGAAUCCAGCAAAGCGGCUCCGGACGGCGGAGGAAGAGGAAGGAGAAGUGAGAGAAAACGGAGGAGGAGAGCAGCCAGAGGCGGAGAGGAGGAAGACGGCGGAUGUGAGUAUCAUCAUGCCGGUGCACAACGCAUCAUCUUGGCUGGUGGAGUGUCUGCAGGCCAUAAUGCACCAAGACUUCACCGGCUCCAUGGAGCUCUCCGUGUUUGAUGAUGCAAGCACAGAUGACUCCAGGAAAGUGCUGGAGGGCUGGAGGGAGAGGAUGGAGGAUCGGGGAAUCUCAGUGGUGAUCUCUGGUCACGGUUCUUCCCAACCUGGAGGAGUGGGAUUUGCAAAGAAUAAGGCAGUGACUCAGAGUAGUGGACGGUACUUGUGCUUUCAGGAUGCGGAUGACAUUAUGUUGCCCCAGAGAGUCCGUUUGCAGUAUGAAACAUCUAUCCUCCAUCCAAACUCUCUGAUUGGCUGUAGAGUCCAGCGGCUGCCGGAGGGAUCUACGGAGCGAUACGCUCGCUGGAUCAACUCACUGGCUCAGGAUCAGCUCCUCACUCAGGCAUACACCUCCCAUGGGCCCACGGUUGUCAUGCCAACAUGGUUCUGCUCAAGGAAAUUGUUCAUGAAAGUCGGAUUGUUUGACGAAGGAGGCAAGGGAGUCCCGGAGGAUCUGCUCUUCUUCUACCAGUUCCUUCGUCAGGGAGGCUCUCCGCUCAGGGUGGACCAGCGCCUGCUGGUUUAUCGGUAUCACGAGGCGGCUGCUACUCAUUCUGUGACCGAGGAGACUAUCUGGAAGCUGCGCGUUGACUUUCUGCAGGAGAGAGUUCUCAGCCAGUGGGAGAGCUUCACGAUCUGGAAUGCCGGGAAACAGGGGAGGAAGCUCUACCGAAGCCUGAGCCUGAUCAAUCAGAAGAAGGUCAAAGCGUUCUGCGAUGUGGAUGAAAAAAAAAUUCAGAAGCGAUUCUACACACAUGAGGAAUCCAAGGAAAGACCAAAGCCUACGGUCCCCGUCCUGCACUACAAAGAGGCCACGGGCCCCUUCAUUAUCUGCGUUAAACUGGACAUGACAGGAGGCGUCCUGGAGGAAAAUCUCAACUCUUUGCAGCUGAAGGAAGGAACAGAUUACUACCAUUUCAACUGACGGCUCAACGUGCUGCAGGAGACCACAGGAGCCCCGCAGAUGCAAAUUCAGAAUUGAGAGGGAACUGGAAUGCAGGAUAAGCAGCCACAAGGUUCGUACCUGGUUACUGUCAUCUGCUGUAGUUUUGACUGGGACUUCUCAUAACUUUGCCCCCUGAGAUCCUGGAACAACUUCUUUGUUCUGCUGUUGAUUCUCAGCUCGACGCUUUGUCGUUACGUUGCAAAUAAAGGAGCAUCUCGACAAAUUAGCGAUUUAUUUAAAAAGUUUGUUUCUGAAAUUCAUUUUAAAAGUGUAACUCACGUCUGUGUUCAAUUCUGUCGGUUACACAUGACUUGAACGAUAUUGAGGAAGGUUAUCUUACUGAAAGGUAUUGGAGUUUACCAGUCAUUGAGUACUUUUACUUCAGUAUGUGCAAUACUAGGUUGAUGCUUCUGCUACUCUUGGGAGUGUGUGUGGCAUAGAGCUGAUCUGUGAUUAAUGAUAAAGUCCAGGCUGCUUAGCACUAUAGGCCAAUCAAGCACAGUGUAACCUUGGUUAUUAAAGCAGGUGUUGCUGUUUUUUAUUACUGUUUGUUUCAUAUGAAAUGAAACAUUUCUGCUAAACAGAUGAGUUGUAGCAAAAUAGCCCACAGUAAAUGCUUGAAAUAUAUUUCUCAACGUGUAAGGAAAGCUAUAUCAAUUUAAAUUGUUUGUUGCUGAAAUAAAUCAGUUUUGCUUCGGGA